CCAUGGAGAGAUUAGAGGCUACAUCAGAGCUUCAGUCGCGGCUGUCCUCCCUGUCCUUCUCAUCUUUUCCUGGAAUAACAUCUAAUCAGUCCGACGACCGCCCGCAGGACAGGCUCCAGAAUACAGACCUUUCACAGAGCUGUGUCCAAUCCAAAAUCCAAGCCGAUAUGGAGGAAACUAAGGAGGAUUCAGGACCAUAUACGGAGGGUAAUGAAGAGGUCCCUGCUGAGGUGGCCCCAGGGGAAGGAGGCGAGGAGAGCAACAGCUCUGGGAGCUGUCAGCUCUCCGCUGAGAUGAAAGCCCAGAUGCCGCCCCUGAACCCCCCAUCAACAUGGACAUCUGCUGCUCUGAAAGAGCUGAAGGCGAAGCUCCGCACGGAGGAGGACAGCAUGGUAACAGUUUACCGAGGCGACAUCAUGACCGUUCACGUGCCCACUGUGCCCGAGGCCAAAAAAGUGUGCUGGGAGUUUGCUACAGACGGCUAUGACAUUGGCUUUGGCAUUUAUUUUGACUGGACUCCCGUCACAAGCCGGUCCAUCACUGUACACAUCAGCGAGUCGAGCGAUGAUGAAGAAGAAGAGGAGGAGCUUGAAGGGCCUGUCAGCAACGGAGACAUCGAGAAGGGCUCCAAAAGUCGUUCAAACUCAAGCCUGGGGGAAAUCCUACCUGUUUACCGCCAGGACAGCCACUUGUCCAUCCAUGGGGGGAGCCACGACUUUCCAGGUGAAGGCACUUACCUCCUGAAGUUUGAUAACUCCUACUCACUCUGGCGAAACAAAACUCUUUACUACAGAGUUUAUUACAGUGCCUAAGAUGCCAAAUUAUUGUUUAUGAAUGUACACUUUACUUUACGGAAGUAUACGACUCUGUAGAACAAUGAACUAUUUUUGAUUCCAAACAUGGAAAAAGAUGAAGUUAUAAUAUAUAAAGGUUAAAUAUCUAUUUUUAUCAUAAUCAGCUUGUGUUUAUUUCCAUAAAUAGUCAGAUAGUUUUGGAGACAACAUUUGCUCGAGUGUCUUGCUGAUAGUUAUUUGAAGAAGCCUUUCAUAAUGUGCCAUGUUCCCAUGAAUGCACUGUGCUAUUUGGUCAUAAAACAUAUAUCGUCUUCAGUCCCAACAUUUCUAUGGUAGCAGUGAUCAGGGAAUACCUGCACAGGAUAUUUUUCACCUCGCCAGGUGCUUAAUCAGCAGUGCUCUGCAGAAAUUGAGAUUCUGUGUGUGUGUGUGUGUUUGCGUGCGUGCGUGCACCUUCUAUGAUUAUGUUGUCACCUGUAUGCAUCCUUCUGCUUUGUAGCGUAAGUUAUUUUUUGAUCUGUGUUGAAAUAAACCAUGUGAUAAUGAAGAAUAUUAUUAUGUGUUUCUGGCGCACAGAGCUGUCUUCUGUCCUAGUGGUGUGUUACUAAAUGAUGUAAGUUGAAUGUACUGAUAACAGUUUUCCAAAGUGUGCUUUUUUUAUGACACAAAUAAAAGUCAUCCCUUAUCACAAAACACUCUUAUUAUGUAAUACGUUCAAUAUUUACAUUUGCCUCACUCCCCCUCUAAAUGGCAGUGUCACGAGUAGGGAGCGGUUGCAAUAUUUCAUCUAAAUGUAUUCUGUGCACAAGUCUAUGGAGACUGAGAUCAUCGUGUUUCUUUUUGAGUUUCCUUGAUGUUUUGGGCAUACAUGUGUUCAACAGCUUUGUUACAUCCUGUUUCUAAUAUCCAUGCCUCUACCGCAUUCACCUGUGCGCAUGCUUCCCAAAGAUGUCACAGAUUUGGCUGCUCAAUCUGUAUACAAUGUAACCGACUGUGUUUAAGUUGCCCAUGUUUAAUGUACUGUACCCUCACUGUAAGUCAUGAUGAGAUUCGUUAUAUCCCACAAUAAAGAGAAUAUUGUCUAU